CGGGGCGGACUGCGUUUCCCAUCGGCCCCUGCGGCGGUCACAUGACCGGGGCGGGCGGAAGAUGGCGGAGCCGCCGGGCGCCGCAGCCGAGGACUCGUGGGGGAAGGUGGACGCAGCGUACGGCGACAAUGGCCUGGAUUCGGCGCUCUUCAUGGAGAACGCCAGGAAAGGAAGCAUCGUGUCCCGGGCCAACAGCAUCGGCUCCACCAGCGCCUCGUCUGUCCCCAACACAGAUGACGAGGACAGUGACUACCACCAGGAGCCCUACGAGGAGUCCUACAAGGACCGGCGCCGCCGGGCGCACACGCAGGCGGAGCAGAAGCGCCGCGACGCCAUCAAGAAAGGCUAUGAUGACCUGCAGGCCAUCGUGCCCACCUGUGAGCAGCAGGACUUCUCCAUAGGCUCCCAGAAGCUGAGCAAGGCCAUCGUCCUCCAGAAAACCAUCGACUACAUCCAGUUCCUGCAUAAGGAAAAGAAGAAGCAAGAGGAGGAAGUUUCUACCCUCAGGAAAGACGUGAUGGCCUUGAAGAUCAUGAAAGUGAACUACGAGCAGAUUGUGAAAGCUCAUCAGGACAACCCGAAUGAGGGGAAGGACCAGGUCUCUGACGAGGUUAAGUUCAAUGUUUUCCAAGGCAUCAUGGAUUCCCUGUUCCAGUCCUUCAACGCCUCCAUCUCAGUAACGAGUUUUCAGGAGCUCUCGGCUUGUGUCUUCAGCUGGAUUGAGGAGCACUGCAAGCCCCAGACGCUGCGGGACAUCGUGGUGGGGGUCCUGCACCAGCUGAAGAGCCAGCUCUACUGACCCUGCCCGGCGCUGGGGACAGGCAGGGCAGGGCUGGAGCUUCUGUUAUUUAUUGUAUGAACCACGAAACCAAACGGCGGCUGCGCAGCCACCUCUGCCUGCAGGUGCUGCCACCGUCCCUGCUACCAAAUAUCUGUAGGGCCUUGGCACGGGGGGGCACGAGUGCUGAGGAGGGGGCUGCUCAGGGGCCAGGGGGCCUCUGGCACUGGGGCUUGCUGGGGCUGCUGCUCCCUGGUGCAGCUGGAGGCUGUUGCUGUGUGCUGAGGAGACCCCUCUGCUUGGGGGGGGGGGGGUGGGCCAAGGGCCUUGCAGCUGGGCAGGGGGCAGAGAGCAAACCCCUGUGGCUGCACCUGUCCCAGGAGGAGGUGGAACUUUACAGACUCUCAUGCAGAAGUAACAUAUUUUUCUAUUGUGAAAAAAACAACUAAAUAAAUUUCACUGAGUGUUUUGAUCAUU